AUGGCCAACUUUCCCAACCUGCGAAGGCUAUUCAUAGAAGCCAGGAGCGAAGACGAGGAGAGAGAGGUCUCGAGGAAAGCAUUCUACAACGCCGUGCUGUUCAUGGGCUCCGUCGCCGUCUUCAGCCUGAUAGCCCAGCGGAUGAACGCGGGCAGGUGA